AUGACAUCUUUUGGUGCAAAAGUUGAUGACGAAAUUAACAAAGGUCGUGGUCCAUAUGUGUUCAAGAUUUUUGGUCAAAUUUUCCAUAGGAUUGGUUCUUUUUGUUCAGAUGAUUCUUCAUAUCCACGUUUUUUACAGUUGUACAUGUGUGAUGAUGAGAAUGAAAUAUCUAAUAGGUUACGUUCUUUUCAUACUAACGGUGAUGUAGUGUUUUCUGUGGGUGUCAUUAAUUCUUUGAGUCGCAUGUUGGAUACUCACAAUGAGUAUGUCUGUACCUUUAAAACAGCGAGGGAUAUGGCUGAAUCUAUGUGUUUAGAUUCAUAUGGUGUAUGCCUCUUCAAUAAUGUUCCUGACAGAAGAUAUGGACCACCUGCUCCUGGGACAUUGGGUUGUAUUGUCUGUGGAGAUAAUGUUAUUGGUGCUGUUUAUGAUAUUGUUAUUUAUUCCAAGUCUGGAUUACCUCAACAAGUUAGCAAGUUACAUCCAACAUACAUGCCUCUACAAUAUCCUUUGUUAUUCCCUUACGGUGAGGAUGGUUGGUCACCUAAAAUGUGUAUCCGUGGUGGUUCUGCGUCAGAAGAAAGAAGUUUAACUAAUAACAUGUAUUACAGUUACCAAAUUCAUGAGCGGAGGGGUGUCUAUUCUUUGAUUUUACAUGCACAACGUUUGUUUCAACAAUAUUUAGUGGAUGCUUAUACAUGCAUUGAGCAGUCUAGGCUUGAUUACAUAGAGCAUCAUCAACAACUGUUAAAGUCUGAGUAUAUUAGUGGUGUUUACGAUGCCCUAUCUCGAGGAGACACAGACAGUCGCGUGAUCGGUAAACGUGUAUUUUUGCUAGCUUCGUUCAUGGGUGGUCCUAGGUAUAUGUACAAACACUAUCAAGACGCUUUGGCUAUAUGUAGAGUUCAUGGAAAGCCCCGAUAUUUCAUCACUUUUACUUGUAAUGUGAGAUGGCCUGAAUAUAGAAGGUACAUAACAGCCGAAUUGCCAGAUACUGCAAGUGAAGCGGACUUGUACAAGACAGUCACCACGUGCAUGCUACAUGGUCAAUGUGGUUUACUCAAUAUACGUGCUCCUUGUAUGCAAGAUAUGAAGUGCACAAAACACUUUCCAAAACCAUUUCUGGAGUCCACUACUUUUGAUGAGAAUGGCUAUGUUCGGUAUAGAAGGCGGUCUAAUAUCAGCCAUGUUCUACAUAACGGUAUUAUAGUUGAUAACGGGUAUGUAGUGCCAUAUAAUAAGCGUUUAUGCAGCCGGUUUGAUGCCCACAUUAAUGUUGAAUAUUGUGGAUGGAACAUGAUGAUAAAAUACUUAUUUAAGUACAUAUCUAAAGGUGUAGAUCGUGUCCGUUUAACUCUUCAGAAGAGUGAAGGUCAUUGUGGUGGCUCCACAUCUGUUGCACCUGUUGCUUUGAACGAGAUUAAGUCAUUUUUGGAUGGCCGAUACAUAUGCCCGCAUGAAGCAGCAUGGAGGAUCCUUAACUUUUCUAUUCACGAACGUUAUCCAGCAGUUCAAGUGCUUCCUAUUCACUUGGAAGGCAUGCAACCGACUAUAUUCAAGGAAACUGCAAGAUUAGAUACAUUGAUAGAUAAUCCAGACUUUGGAGUUACAAUGUUGACUGAGAGGUUACAUAAUAACCAAAAAGAUUCAAGAGGUGUCGGGCUUACAUAUAAUGAAUACCUAAGUAAGUACAAGUGGGACACCCGUGCAAAAGCAUGGGUUCAUAGAGCUGUAACAAUUACAUCAACUUCUACAACUAUUGGUAGACUUGCAUAUGUACAUCCCACCGCAGGAGAGUUGUUUUAUUUGAGAAUAUUGCUUUCUCACCAAAAAGGAUGUAAGUCUUUUGUAGAUAUCAGAACUGUUCGCAGGCAAACGUACUCUACUUUUCGAGAUGCGUGUGAUGCAUUAGGUUUGACGGGUGACGACAAGGAAUGGUUAACAGCCUUCCAUGAAGCAGCGUUUUCAGCAUCAUCAUCGGAACUAAGAUCCUUGUUCUGUCACCUACUAUUAUUCUGUGAAGUUGGCACUCCUCUGUUACUAUGGGAAUCAACAAAGGAUAAAAUGGGUGACGACAUUGAUGGGUUUUAG